AUUAUUUAAAAUUUUUGCAUAAAUAAUAUCGUGUGUUUUGUUAUAGAAAAUUGUUGGGCAAGCUUUGCAGAGUUAAUUAAAAUAAAAAUAUUAAAUAUGGAUGAAAACUCGAAUUCGAACGUAGUUGACCUUCCAACUGAACAAGCACAAAUGGCGUUGAACAAAAUUCUAAAAGAAACGUUUAGAUUGAAGGAAUAUUCUCUACAAAUUACGCCUGGAUCAUCCAAAGGAGACAACUACAUUGGUAUAAUAUAUCGUGUUCUAGUUAAGAGAUCUGUACCGUCUCUCGACAAAGAGUUGAGACUUAUAGUGAAAAUGCCACCAAUGCAUCCACAGCGUCGAGAACAAUUUUUUGCACGUCCAUGUUUCCUUCGUGAGAUAACUGCUUAUGAAGAGCUUUUACCUUUGUUUAAACAAUUUCAACAAGAAAAAGGGAUAGACAUUUCAUCAGAAGGAUUUUGUCAUGCUCCAUUUUCGUAUCAAUGCAUUUCUGAAAAUUUUACUGAAGCGAUUUUUAUGCAGGAUUUAAAAUUGGACGGAUAUGAAAUGUACGAUCGGUGUCAAGAAAUGUCUUACGAACAUGCGUUGAAGGCAAUUGAAACUUUGGCUAAAUUCCAUGCCGUAUCAUUUGCUAUCAAUGAUCAAAGAAAAUCGGAUCCUGCUUAUAAAAAAUGUAGGGAAAUGGAAGAUAUUUGGUUAGCUCGUCGUGAUAAUAAAACGAUGAACGACUAUAUGGCGGGUUUGAGUCAAAGAGCUCUCAACACAUUAGAUGCAGAAAAAGAUGCAAGAAUUUACGAAAAAGUUAAGAAUCUUUUGACAACAUCAUACAUAGAAAAUUUAGAGAAAGUUGUGGGUAACAAAGUGGCUGAACCCUAUGCAAUCGUUUGUCAUGGAGAUUUUUGGACCAACAAUAUUCUUUUUAAGCAUAAGGAUAAUAAACCUGUGGAAGCAUUUUUGUUGGACUUUCAAAUUAUUCGCUAUGCAUCUCCAGUCACAGAUCUAUGCUACUUCUUUUUUACUUGUACUUCAAGUGUCUUUCGUAGACAACACUUUCAACAUUUAUUGGAUUUAUAUUAUGAAAUUCUCAACUGUCUAAUUAAUAAACUUGGAUCAAAUCCUGAUGUUGUAUUUCCAAAGUCUGUAUUCAAAGAACACAUGCAACGUUUUGGAAUGUUUGGUGUUAUGAUGGCCGUAAUGCUUUUACCUAUUUUUGUGGCCAAAUCUGAAGAAGCACCGGAUUUAGAGAAGGCUGCUGAAAAGAUUGCGGAUGGUGAAGAUGUUUCAAAGAUGUCUGAGGAAGAAACGAGUGCCGAUACAAUUUUAGCUUACAACAAACGCAUGAGAGAUGUUUUAUAUGAUGCAUUUGAUUAUAACAUGAUACCAUAAGAAA